CUAUCUGCCACCAUCAAUCAUGACGAUGGGAAAGAUCAUCUUCUAUGAGGACAGGAACUUUGGUGGCCAUCACCAUGAGUGCAUGAGUGACUCUGCCGACCUGCACUCUUACUUCAACCGCUGCAACUCCAUCAGGGUGGAGAGUGGCUGCUUCAUGGUCUAUGAGAGGCCCAACUACACAGGUCACCAGUUCUUCCUAAAGAGAGGGGAGUAUUCUGACAACCAGCGGAUGAUUGGCAUCAACGACUGCAUCAGGUCCUGCCGUAUAAUCCCAAUGUACCGAGGCAAUUAUAAGGUGAAGCUGUACGAUCGGCCAGACAUGGCUGGCCAGAUGAUGGAGCUGAAUGAAGACUGUCCCAGCGUCCAGGAUCGCUUCCGCAUGUCGGAUGUCAACUCCUGCAGCGUGAUGGACGGCCACUGGCUGAUGUACGAGCAGCCCAACUACAGGGGCAGGCAGUACUACCUGAGGCCUGGAGAGUACAGGAAGUACAACGACUGGGGAGGCAUGAGCCCCAGGAUCGGCUCCAUCCGACGAAUCACCGACUUCAACUAGAAAUUCUCAUUAUUUUCCUUUGUCAGUUCUCAAUAAACCUGCAUUUUUGAAAUAC